CAUGCGCACUUCAUUGCACUUCCGGAUUUGAAGUGAAAUGUAACAUUUAGCUCGUGGCUUUUAGAAACUUGUUGCAGAGACAGCGCAUAAACGGAGCAUUACAAUAAAGGGGCGCAUUAUUGUUUACAGACAGAGGACGCAGUGACGGCGAACAGUGGCAUGUUGUGUGAAUGAGACUGUCAGUAGACUCCCUCUGAUGCCCUGAUGUCGUUUUGUUGUGCCUUAUGAUCGCGACUCUUUGACUGACUGACAGCAGCAUGACGCGCCUGGUGUUUCUCGCGGCCGCGGCGCUUCUCGUGUCCGCUCCGGCGCGCGCCUCUCAGGGGGAUAAAGAGCCCGUGUACCGCGACUGCGUCAAACAUUGCGUCCGGACGAACUGCACGGGGGCCCGGCUGCGAGGCUUCCAGUCAGCCCAGCCUCCGUACAUGGCACUAACAGGCUGGACGUGUCGUGAUGACUGCAAAUAUCAAUGCAUGUGGACUACGGUGGGUCUGUACCAGGCAGAAGGUUACAGUAUACCACAAUUUCACGGGAAGUGGCCAUUUACCCGUUUCCUGUGUUUUGAAGAACCUGCGUCUGCGCUGGCAUCUCUUCUCAACGGUCUGGCCUGUCUGUUGAUGCUGCUGAGAUACCGCAGUGCCGUCCCACGUCAAAGUCCCAUGUACCACACCAUCACAGCCUUCUCACUGAUCUCUCUGAAUGCGUGGUUCUGGUCUACGGUGUUCCACACGAGAGACACUUAUCUAACAGAGAAGAUGGACUACUUCUGUGCAUCAGCCGUCAUUCUCUACUCCAUCUACUUGUGCUGUGUCAGGACGUUGGGUUUGCGGAGGCCUGCCAUUUCAAGUAUGGUGGGAGUUCUGCUUAUUCUGGCCUUCACUUCUCAUGUCUCUUAUCUGACCUUUGUCAGUUUUGAUUAUGGGUACAACAUGGCAGCCAAUGCCACCAUAGGCAUGAUAAACCUGUUGUGGUGGCUGUGCUGGUGUUGGCAGAACCGGAGGAUCUUGCCGUACUGGUGGAAGGGCGGUAUGGUGGUCUUUUUACUGCACGGUCUGGCCCUGCUUGAGCUGCUAGAUUUCCCUCCACUCUUUUGGGUCUUAGACGCUCACGCUGUGUGGCAUCUCAGCACCGUCCCCGUCCACUUUCUUUUCUACAGUUUUCUCAUAGACGACAGCCUUCAUCUUCUAAACACAGAGAAGCCGGGAGUGAAACUGGACUAGGAAGAGAGAGUCUCAGAACCCCAACCCCUCCUCUGAUACCCCUCCCAUCAGGGCAAGAGGGAGUCGAACUGAGCCGGGUCUCAAUCGUGCCGACUCCCCGCAUGUGUCCCGGUGCUGAAGUUUUGAGUUGUUUUUUUUUGUUGUGUUUAAAGUGUUUUUUCAUCAUGGAUUUUUUUUAUUUUGCAUUGUACAGAAAAGGUUGUCUGAUUCUGAAGAUUUGCCACUGUGUGCUGUAGUUUGUGUGAUUGUUGUUUGCAUCCACUAAGCUUUGCCUUCGGUUGAGUCGAUAAUAGAGUAAAUUAGCAUUUCUUUACAUGGUACUACUAAACUCUCUAAAGGGUGCACGAAUUAACGCCAUCUUUGCUGAUGAACACCUUCACAGAAGUUGUUAAUGUCUCCCAUUUACAGUAUAUAAGUUUGGAGUGCAAGAUUUAAAGGGCCUGAAUGAAGUGUGAAUAUAUUCGGAGAUAGAGCUAGACUUAGUUUUAGUUUUUAAUCAUGUGUUCACCUUAAGUGUGCUGAACAUCGAUACUCAGGAGGGGUUAUGAUUGAGCAAUGCGCUCUGUUUCUGAGACGUGUGACGGUGAUUUCAUUAUGGUGCAAUAGUUUGAAUAAACAGCAGGGAGCGCUGCUGAGUUGAUGUGUUUCCAAAUUGUGGGACGUAGGAUUCUUCAUGUUCUCGGUUUUGACCUGUAAAGGAUUUGAAGAUUAUGUGUUGUUGUAAUAGUGCACACCAGGCUUACCAGAAAUUUGAGGGAGAGACUUUAAAUUCAUUUAAAUGGAUAGUUCAGCAAACAAUGAAAAUUUGGUCAUCAUGUUGUUCUAAACCUGUAUGAGUUUCUUUAUUCUGUUGAACACAAAAGAAGAUAUUUUGAUAAAUGAUAGUAAGCACACAGAUGACGGUACCCAUUGACUUCCAUAGUAUUUUAUUAAAUAUUCAACAGAAGAAAGAAACGAUAUUUACGUCUUUGAUAGAUGCAAAUUAUUUACUCAUAAUGAUCUUGCUAACUUCGAUAGAGCAAGCAACCAUUGAAUCAAUGCUAAAAAACUGUUGAUUUGUCAAUGUUAAUUGAGUUGAAUCAAUAUCACUUUGCAUUCUCCAUUAUUGUUGAAAAAUAUAGAAAUUUAAACAAACCACCAUUAUGGUGAUCAGUGUUUGCUUUAGUUGGGUCAUGUCAUACAUCUGUUGUUGCAAAGAAAACUAAGAGCUAAUGUGACCCGGUCAAUUUAAUCAUUAUGGGUUUACCUAAACAAGAAUUUGUUGUGUUAAUGAAGUGUAAAUAUUGUGUGAUACUAAAAUGUUGGAUGGUGGCAGUGUUACGGCUGUUAUAUUUUUAUGAAUUAUGAAAAAACUCUCAAAAAAGCUACAUGAACUAUGACAUUAUGAAUCAGUGUAUGGAACUCAACAAUGGUGACAAUCAACAGAAGUAAACUUCAAGCUGCAGUGCAUGCUGGGUAUCAACAUAGUACUAAUAUCAUCCAUGAUUCCCAGCAUGCAUUGCAAGUGAUUGUUUUUUCUGAAUUAGAUGAUUGUCACCAUUGUUAAGGUUUUUAGGAUGAGUGAUGAUGUCUAAUUUUGUCAGCAUUUUUUCUGCUUCCAUAUUCUUCAAAUAAUGCACUUAAUAACUUAACAAUAUAAUUUCAGAUUGCCAUCUAUCAUAAAAUGCAACCAACCACACAUUAACAACACUUGAACAAUAUUUUUCUUCAUCGAGCAUACAUGGAUUCUUACUUCAACACGUACACAAGUGCUGAAAAAUAAUUAAUUGAAUAAAAGUCGAGAGUCAUAGCCUAACUAAAGCAAACACUGAUCAUCAUAAUGGUGGUUUGUUGAAAUGUAAAUAUUUUUUAAAUAAAUGGAGAGUGCAAACAUGAUAUUGACAUUAAAUCAAUUGACAAAUCAACAAUUUUUAACAUUCAUUCAUGGUUUUUGUCUUGUCCCUUGCUAUCUGGGAUAGUUGAAAAUUCUGACAUCAUUGACUCACCCUCAUGUUGUUACAAACCUGUACAGAUUUCCUUGUUCUGCUGAACACGGAGAUAUUUGUAAUGAAGCAGGAAACCAUGGACUAUUUUUAGACUUUUACAAACCCUGUUCACUGUAUACUUUAAAAGUCAAAAAAAGUAUGGAAGGGUUGGAAGGAUCACCACAGGGUUAGUUGUAGCCAUGUGAAUAUAAAAGGCCUGUUUAAAGGGAUUGUUCACCCAAAAAUGAAAAUUCUGUCAUCAUUUACUCACCCUUAUGUUGUUAUAAACCUGUAUAAAUGUCUUUGUUCUGAUGAACACAAAUGAAGAUAUUUUGAGGAAUGUUUGUAACCAAUCAGAAGCACCAUUGACAUCUUUAGUAAGAAUGAAUAAUACUGUGGGGCUUCCUUCGCGUUAAUCAGAACAAAUAAAUGUAUACAGGUUUUUAACAGCAUAACAGUAAGUAAAUGAUGACAGAAUUUUCAUUUUUGGGUGAACUGUCCCUUUAAAUCGUAUUGACUACAGUAAUGUGUAUACACGGCAUGAAGACUUUAGCUUUGGCAUCUUUGACUGGAAGCUGCUUUUUCCGGUUUAUUUACGGACGCGUUUUAUGUAUAUACAGUACAAUCACUUUGUGCUUUAUUUUGUUGAUCUUUUAAUUUAGAUGUUGAGAUUAUUUGACUUAGUUUAUUUUCACCAAGAAUGCCUUUGCAAUGAAAAGAUUACAUAGAUCAGAAUUAGUUUUCCCACAGAAGGUAAUGGAAAAGGGAUAAAGAAGGACUUAAAAAAGUGUGUGUGUGUGUGUGUGUGUGUGUGUGUGUGUGUGUGUGUGUGUGUGUGUGUGUGUGUGUGUUGUGUGUGUGUGUGUAAUUCAUCAUCACCUUUAUGCACAUUUAUAGCUGUAUCAACUGAACAGCUUACAGAGAUUUUUCCUUACCAGCUUCUUGUGUUCUGUCUCUUCAUGCCUUAUUUGUUUUAUUUCUUAUCAAUGUUUGUGUAUGUGAAUAUGUGUGAACGGUUCAGAUUAAUGAGAAAUACAGCUACUUUCAUCUUUUGCACUCUCAUUCACCAGUGCCAAACUCUUUCUCUGCCUUCUUGCAUCAUUUUUAAACGAAUACGCACCUUUGUGGAUUCUACAGUUAUUGCCAAUGGAGCCGAAACUAUAACGUUUGGCUGCCUGUUGUGUCUUUGUUUCAAACUGUCACUUGUGCACUGUGUGUGUUUCAGAAGAGGAGUGCAAGCAUGAUAGGCCUGGAGGGUAAAUAUAGACAUUUAAAAGCUAAAAGCGGUAGAGGGGGGAAGGGGACAUCAAGGGUGUCUGCUAAAGUGAUGGCGGGGCCGUUGACACUCAACAAUACAUCUCAUCUGUCUUUACACUCCAAUCAUACAGUAUAGAGAGUGCCACUAACUACCAUUACACUUUAUCUUGUUAAUUUGCAAGAAUCUUCUUGUUUAAAUACAGUUAAGCCCUGUCACCAAUUCCAUACAGUCAGUUACCACAUAGCCUACACAGUUUAUAAAACACAAUAAAGAUGCAUUGACAAAAACCCACUAUAAGUGGAAAUUGUCAAGCAAUAUAUAAUUAGAGUUUAUUUCUAUAGCACUUUUUACAGUUUUGCAUUGUUGCAAAGCAGCUUUACAAUAAAUACGUAUGUGACCCUGUCUGUGAAAUCCAGACUAAAGUCUUACGAUCUAAUUUUGAGAUAAAGAGCACCAAAGUUUCAUUUCACAUUGAUUUCAGUCUUCCACAUACACCCACCUAAAGGAUUGUUAGGAACACCAUACAAAUACUGUGUUUGACCCCCUUUCGCCUUCAGAACUGCCUUAAUUCUAUGUGGCAUUGAUUCAACAAGGUGCUGAAAGCAUUCUUUAGAAAUGUUGGCCCAUAUUGAUAGGAUAGCAUCUUGCAGUUGAUGGAGAUUUGUGGGAUGCACAUCCAGGGCACCAAGCUCCCAUUCCACCACAUCCCAAAGAUGCUCUAUUGGGUUGAGAUCUGGUGACUGUGGGGG